GCGUUACACAGAAGUCUCAUCCCAGGCCUCCGGCCACAGCCACCACACGACUCAUCUCCCCUGGGACUGAGGCUACUUACCUGGGCUCCCCACGGAGGGGGAUGAUGCAGGAGGGGAAUCCCACCUGCUGUGAGUCACCUGCUAGUUUAAAGGGCGGGUCUCACAAUGCAGGGACCUUAAAAAGAGACUCAGAGAACAAGGGGAGAAAAUCCACAGGAAGCAGCUCAGAAGCACGGUGAGCACAGAACAGACAGAAUCGGAUUCAGAGCAAGGGGAAGUGGACAGAGGUCCCACAGGACUGCACGGCACGCAGCCAGCCGGACUGGAGAGGCAGGCCACGAGAUGCUGGGGGACGGAGCCGUGCUGUUGCUGCUGCUGCUGCUGCCCUGGACAGCUCAGGGCCGGGCUGUGUCAGAGGCCGGCGGCCCCGCUUGGGCUCGGGGCCAACAGCUCUCACAGCAACUCUGCAUGCUGGCCUGGAGCGCACACCCACCAAUGGGACAUGUGGAUCUACCAAGAGAAGAAGGAGGCGAUGAGACUACAGAUGAUGUCCCCCGUAUCCAGUGUGAGGAUGGCUGUGAUCCACAAGGACUCAGGGACAACAGUCAGUCCUGCUUGCAAAGGAUUCAUCAAGGCCUGGUUUUUUACGAGAAGCUGCUGGGUUCAGAUAUUUUCACAGGAGAGCCUUCUCUACUCCCAGAUGGUCCUGUGGACCAGCUUCACGCCUCCGUACUGGGCCUCAGGGAACUCUUGCAGCCCGAGGGUCACCACUGGGAAACUGAGCAGACGCCAAGCCCUACUCCCAGCCAGCCAUGGCAGCGCCUCCUUCUCCGUCUCAAGAUCCUUCAGAGACUCCAGGCCUUUGUGGCUGUAGCUGCCCGGGUCUUUGCCCAUGGAGCAGCAACUCUGAGCCCCUAAAGCCAGAAGCUCAAGGAUGGCACCCAGACCUCCAUGGCUCAGUAACGCUAAGAUCAGUCUAUCAACCUGGACACCUGUGAGCCAACAAGUUCAUCAGUCCGUUAAUUUUAAUGAGACUUAUUCUGUUGAAAAAUUACCAAAACUGACUGACUUAUGAUGUUGACCUAGGAGAGGCUGAAUAUUUAUUACAUGGGAAGGGAAUUUUGGGAUUAUUUAUAGUGGCAGGAGCUUGGGGAUGAGGAUUAUUUAUUAUAUUUAUACUGAAUUAUGUACUUUUUUCAAUAAAGACUUAUUUAUGUGGA